AUGCUGAUAGGAAUUUGUGGCGCAAAAUGCGCUGGUAAGAGCACCGUGGCUCAAUACCUGAUAGAUCACCACGGCUUUAAAAAGCUACAUUUAAACCUAUCAGCAGCAUCAUCAUCAUCAUCAUCCAAGGCUGAUAUUAUUCAUUCGGGUACUUCGGAUUCUGAUGCAGACCUGACCAGUUCUGAUGCUUCUACGAACGGUCUUGCUCUAUCUCGGAAACAGACAUCUGCUGCAUCUUAUACUUUCUCAACGACCGCUGCUCUCCUGGACUUCGUAACGAAGCGAUGGCGCUCGCGCUGGGUCACAACCGACGUCCACGACGAAGCCGUCUUCGAAAGCCUGAGUAGACGGCCGUUCUUCAUCCUGAUCAGCGUCGACGCACCGCUCACCGUGCGGUGGCAGCGCUACCGGCAGCGAGAUAGCGAGCGGCAGCAGCAGCAGCAGGGGGCGGAAGGCCGAGAGCCCAUCAGCCUGGAGGAGUUUGUAUCGCAGUCGGACCGGCACCUCUACGACGCGUCGCACGGCGUCCUCCCGCUGAUGUCGCGGGCCGCGAUCCGGCUGCUGAACACGUCGUCGGACCUCGCGCACCUGUACGCCACGCUGGCCAAGCUGGACCUGACGAACCCGGACCGCCUGCGCCCGAGCUGGGACAGCUACUUUAUGGCUCUGGCGUCCCUGGCCGCGCAGCGGUGCAACUGCAUGAAGCGCGCCGUGGGCUGCGUGCUCGUCGAUUCCAAGCAUCACGUCAUCAGCACGGGCUACAACGGCACCCCGCGCCACUUGCGCAACUGCGGCGAAGGCGGCUGUCCGCGGUGUAACUCGGGCGAGAGCAGCGGCGCCGCGCUGUCCACCUGCCUCUGCCUGCAUGCAGAGGAAAACGCCCUGUUGGAAGCCGGCCGCGAGAGGAUUCGCGACGGAAGCCUUCUGUACUGUAACACGUGUCCGUGCUUGACAUGCAGUAUAAAAAUCGUGCAGGUCGGUAUUACCGAGGUAGUAUACAGUCAAGGAUAUAGCAUGGAUACCGAGACGGCCGAGAUCUUUAGAAAUGCUGGAGUGAAGUUAAGACAGUUUUCUGCGCCGGCUAAUGGCCUAAUUCAUCCGGAGAAGAUGGAACUCUACUGA